AUGGACGCGCUGCGCAACACCUUUUUGGAGUGGCUGCACACGACGUCGCCGGACGACAGCUGUGGUGUCCAUCUCGAUACUUGGAGUCCGCCAGAGGCUUCCGAUGACAGCGGGGUCCACAGCAAGCGACACCCUUCGGGUGAAAACCGCCUUGUCUCCACGUGGAGCUCACGUCGGUACCGUGAAAGUGGAUAUCACAACCACCACCAGCUUCAGCACAGCACGAACCUCGGCCGUUCGGCGGCCUUCACCGGCAGCUAUCACAGCAUUCAUGACGCCGCCAACAACGAAGACUACGAUGAAAAGCGGCACUUACGGGUGGCUCUCCGCUCUUUUGUCGAGGCCGCGGCCGUCGGCGGUCGGGCCUCCGGGGACCUACAAGACCGCAGCCUCUCUUCCCAGCGCGUGCCCCUCUACCGCACCUUUUCUCCCGGGAUGCGUGAAGAUGAGGAAGACAGCGAGUUCGACAGUGAGGAGGGCAGCGACGUCCAGCUGGGCACGCGCGGAGCGUCCAGCAGGAAUGCCGCUGCUGCUGCUGCUGUAUCAGGUGAUGCCGUAGCUGGCGGCUCCCCACAGAGCGCCGCCGCGCACGGCCGUCGCAGCGAUGAUAACUUCAGUGAUGCGUCGAUGACGCCGUUGCAGCUGUCGAUGGCGUUCAUAGAGGCGCGAACGGCGGCUGCGGGGACCAACAACAGCAGGAGCAUCCAACCGACGCCAUUCGUCACACCCGUGAACCCCGAAACCGCAGACACGCCGCCGCCAACCUGCGAUGCCUCAUUCAAGUUUCUCCGUCGUCACUCCUCUACCUCUGCCGACUACUGCGUCGAGGAGGAUGGGAAUGACGAUAGCAACAACAGCAGCCUACACGUGCCCGCCGGUGUGCAGACGCUGCUCCGGCCUUCUCUCCUUCCUGUGUCCACAUCUUCUUCGCCACCGCCGCAUGAUGGUGGCAGUGCUGCAGAUGCCGCCCACCGCCCUCCUCGCCACCUCGUCCCCCUUCGCGAGGUCUUGGCGGAUAAUCUCAGCGAGGACGACAUCAACGUGCCGGAUGCGAGCGCCUUUGCGUCUACCACCGCGGCGGCGGCCGGCGAAGAUAAGGAGAGCGAUGAACGGUACGAGCAGUCGGCUGGUGACGACGAGCGGGGGGCGGACGCGUCUCCACGGAGGUUGUCAGUCUCGAUGGCCAUUGCGUUGGUGACCGCGAACCUUCGCACGAAUUCGCGGAGCAGCAGCGGCAGCGGUGGCAGCAACGUGAACGCUGAUGACAUGUCAGCUCUCGCCUCCGCAGCGGCCGCAACAGCCGAAGAAGCAGCAGAGCACCAUGAACCUCCAACGGUCUCCACUACCACAAUCACUGCCGCGGCAGCAGCAGCAGCAACUGCAGCCCUUUCGCACCUCAACACACCCGUCACUGCGUACAAGAAGGGGUCCAUGAUGCAAUACCACGCCUCGCUGAUGCCGGACGACCACGUCGCCGCGCACGUCCUCCCGUCAGUCGCCGCAGCGGCGGCCGCAGUGGAGCACGGUAAAGCGCCAACAGUCACGCCCACGACGACUACCCUGGCCGUGGCCGCAAUCACUCCUGCACCCGCCUCAUCUACUCGACAUCCUCUGCUCAUUCCACAGUCGCACCGCAUCGCGCACGACAUCACAGGGCGAUCGGCGCUGCUGCGCGCCGACUUGCACUUCAACGCAGCGCCGUCGAUGGCGCGGCUGCCGGCUUACUCCUCCGCGCACACUCCGCUGCACCCUGCGACGACCCUUGAGGGCCUUCCCUAUGUUGCGAGCUCGCUGACGGGUGCGGGCUUGAGUUCUGUGCCGCAGCCUUUUGGUGCCUACCCGUAUCAGUGGAUGAUGGCGGCGGAGCAGAUGGGCAGCGGGGUCAACGGGAUCGGCGGUGGCAAUCCAAGUACCGAGGGAAGCUACAGCGCCGCCUCGGGCCGCGUGUCUCCUGCCGCGUUCUCGCAUCUGUCGUCCUCGUACGGGAUGGCGUCCACCGCCACGCCGGCCACCAUGGCGAGUCUGCACAGGUCCGCCAGCGACGGCCAGUUGUAUGCGACCUCUGCUAUGGGACGUCGACAGGUGUGGUGCUGA